AUGGAGAAGGUUAAUGACUUUCAAAGUUCUGAAUAUUGGGGAAAAUUUAAUCGCCCUAAAUCAAGCUUUGAAAAAAAGAUAUUUUUUGUAUAAUAAUUCGUUGAUUCACUUACGAGACACAGAACUAAAAAGGAGGAGAAUAAGAAGGCGUAUAAAGAUAUCGAAGAAACUAGAAUAAAAGAGGCAAUGAUCUUAAAUGAAGUCUAUGAUUUUUCACUUGGAACUAUCAAUUAUUAAGUUAUCGAAGACAACUAAGUAGAGAGACAGUAUAUACCAAUAUUCCCAGACUUUUACAAACCACAUGGAUUCACAAAAGAAAGGAUAAAGGAUGUUUAAUUUAAAUUCAAAUUGCAGGAAGAUCGAUUCAAAAACCUAACUGUUGAAGGUCUUAAAUACAAAAACUUGCAAGUAUCAUUUACCCAUUUGGCUGAUGAUAACAAGAGCACGCAGUAUUCUCUGGAUAUUAAGAUUGAUUAAGUCUCAAAGAUUUCAGGAUGCUACAUUGACAAUGACGUUGUCUAACUGAUCUUAACACUCAAGAAACCUUGCAGAGUCUUUGCUAAACUGCCUAAAAUUGAUCUUAGAGAUUCUAAAUGGAAGGAGGUGAAUUCCCCAUUUACUUUUCUUUAAUAGGACAAAUAGUUUAUGACUUAUUGGAAUCUGAAGUAAGUCAUAUUUCUUCAGGGCAAAUUUGACCUUGCUAUGAAUCUGGAUGAGCUCCAAACAAAAUUUAAAGAUCUGGACAGAGGUACAAAGCUUAACUUCCAAAAUAAUUUCGACAUGAGAGUACUUUAAGAUAUGAAUCUCUACCUUGAGCAUGAAAAACUUUUGCAGAGAAACUAAUAAUUCUUUGAACUUAUUAAGCAACUAAUCAUUCCUGCCAAAUUCGGAAUUAUGUCAAUCCUAUCUACUCAAAAGACCUCUAUAUUUUCAGAUCACCUGAAUUAGCUAAUGGAAAAUCUACUCAAUAGGAAAUUUAAUGGAGAAUACCUGUUUAAAGCAUCUGAAGAUGAGUUCACUCUUGAUUACUUUAUAUAGCCAGGAAAUAUACAAGCUCAUAAGGAAGUGAGAAAAGUACUCUAUAUAAUGGAUUAGAUUUGUAAUUCAGUGAAACAUUUUGAAAAAAACUCAGAUAGCUUAUAAAAAGAUAUUGAAGAAGAGUAUCAAGACUAAAAUGACUUGAAGCAGAGAAGAGUGUAUCAAACACCUACUUUGACUUUAUUCCAUUAAAAUUACAAGGAACAAACUCACAGAGUACUAAGAUACAAUCAUCUCUACAAAGACUUUUUCUUCAGAUUAAUCUUAGUAAACGAUGACGGUGAAAAAACACACUUUGGAAACUUUAAGGGAAAACCCGUUUUGGAAAAAAUGAAGGAUAUUAUGAAAGACUAGUUUUACAUUGGAGGUACUAAAGGAUAAGUUCUAAACUAUUCAAAUUCUCAAUUGAAAAAUCAUUCAGUUUGGAUGCUAUGCGAUACGAACAUUCCAGAUAUCAUCAAAGAACGAAUUAUUUACUAACUUGGAACCUUCAGCAAGGAUGAAGGAUAUCUUAAGAUGUUUGCUCGUAUUGGACAGUGCUUCUCAACAACGAAAUAUGUUUGCAGAUUGAAUGAGAAGGAGAAUGUACGAUACAUAGAUGAUUUAAAGGUGAAAAAGACUGAUGAUAAUGAAGAUAAAAAUGGGUUUUAUUGUUACACUGAUGGCUGUGGAAAUAUUUCAGAGUCUCUUUGCAAUAAGAUAGCGGAGUCUCAUAAUCUCGAGAAGUGUUCAGCUUUCUAAAUCAGACUUGGAGGCAUAAAAGGAGUACUUAUGAAGAAAAUAUACUCAAUGUAAGAUGGCGGGAUCUAUGUUGAUGAAAAAAAUAAGUUGCAAGGCGAUAUGGUUGAGAUCAGACCUAGUUAGAUCAAGUUCAAAUGUGAUUAAUGGGAUUUAGAAGUAAUUAGAUGCGCAACUUUCAGUUAGGGCUAUCUUAAUAGAUAAGUUAUAUUACUUUUGAAUUGUUUGGGAGUUCCUGAGGACAUAUUUAUUUCAUUACAGAAGUAGUAAUUAGAGAAUUUGGAUGUUAACAAAGUUAUGGAGGAUUUGCAUAGAAGGUCCCAUGUGUUCUUAAUGAAUAGAAGAAAAGUUAAAAGCAGUAGCAAGCAAUCACAAGAGCUUUCAUAAGAAAUUGAUCUAUUCUUUGGACCAAGUAGAGUGUUCUCUGCAGUAUUUAAAAAUGCUCUAUUAAAAAGUGUCACUCAGUAUCAUAAAUUCAAGGAAGAAAACAAAGAUGAUAACUUGAACUUUGACAGAAAAGUAUUUAGAAUGGAAAAAGAGCCAAUAUUUUAAGCUAUAUUGCAGAAUAUGGUACUUGGAUUGGCUGUGAACUUGAAGAAGAAGGCCAGAAUUAGAAUAAAGAACUCUUGUGUACUAAUUGGUGUCAUUGAUGAAACUGGCUCACUCAAUGAUGGGGAAAUCUUUGUGAAAAUAAAUAGAAGCAGUUAUGAUUUAGAUAAUGCUUAGGACAUUAUUAGCGAGGAACUUGAUAAGAAUUAUGACAAUAUGACAAAAAACACAAAUGCCUAGGUCAUUUUCACUUACGAAGAUUAACAGAUUUCAGGAAAAGUUAUUGUAACUAAGAAUCCCUGCAGUCAUCCUGGAGAUAUAAGGUUACUGACUGCCAUUGGACCAGAAGAUGAGAGAUGCUAAGUAUUUGAGGAAUUGAUAAAUGUUAUUGUAUUUCCAAGCAAAGGAUAUAGACCAGAGUAGCACAAAAUGUCAGGCGGUGAUUUGGAUGGAGAUGUUUACAUGUGCAUCUGGGAUGAUCAAAUUGUCUCGCAAAUCCCUGAGAGUUGCUGUAAAACUGGUUAAUGCACUCGCCAGGAAGGUAUCCAGCCUCCUGCAGUAUACAAGAAAUUUGAAGAAGACAGCAAUGUAAAUAGUGAUAAUAUUGUAGAUCACAUGGCUAAUUACUUCGAGAGAGACAACCUUGGUCAUUUGGCUCACUUACAUCUCGGUUUAUGCGACUAGGAAGGUGUAAAAGGGCCUUUCCGACAAGAGAUGAUUGAACUCUCUUGGUAUAUGUCUAUAGCAGUAGACUUUGCCAAGCAUGGUAAAUCAGUUGAACCACAUAAGUAUCAGCAUAUCGAAAGAAAAUUGAACUAAUGGCCUGAUUUCAUGGAGAAGCAUGACUAGUUUAGAAAGACUGUUCAAUCACCAUUGGUCCUUGGGAAGCUAUAUAGAGCAGUUAAUUGUAAGAGCUUUUAUCGCAAGUUGAUGGAGUAUGACUAUGAAAUGUCUAUCUUGCUGAAAUAUGAGUUGAAUGAGACUAUUAUUAAGAAAAGAGAAGAAGAUUAAAAAACAUACUCAAGAGAUUUCAUCAAUUACCUCAUACCAGCAUUUGAUAGAAUAGUAGUACCUUUAAAGGAAAAGCUAAGAGAUCUAAUGGUAAUGUACAAUAUUGCUCACGAAUCUGAGCUUUUUUGUACAAAUCUCACUUUCUCUCUUAAUGAUGAAAAUAUGGAUAAGAUAGUUGGAGACCCAGGCCAAAAAGAUGAAGAUGCUGUAAGAGCUCUAAAUCAUAGAUUGCAAGAGUAUCUCACCUAAUACAAGAAUGAAUUCCAAAAAUGUAUCAAAGACCUUGAAUGUGUUCCAGGUAUAUUUGCUAAAGCUGUGUAUUAUGCUACCUAUUAUAAUGAAGACAAUAUCCCAUAUCAAUAGUUCUCCACUGCAUAGAUCUGGGCUAAAUCUGAUAAAACUACUUAGAACUUAAAAGAUUUGUUGAUUAGAUUUGAGGAGCACUGGAAAGCUCAUAUUAGUUAAGAAAUGAGCUCAAGACACUUAAAAAUGCAAGAAGCAAUAAAAGACUUUAGCCACUACAAGAAGGUUUUAGAAAAAGACACAAAAUCCUCAAAAGAUAAGUUGAGGCUGCUUUUGGAAGUUAGAUAAUUCUUUAGCAUCCCAUGGAUAAUUUGUCAUGAAUAUCUUAUAGAUUGA